AUGGAGGCAACAACCCCCAAUACCGAGUUUUCGCAGUAUCUGCGGCGCGGGGCUAUGUGUGAGGCCACCGGUUGCCCAUUCCGCCGCAUUGGAGGCUAUUGGACUUUACACUUCAUCUUCAUUCUGCUUAUGGGCCUCAUAUGCACUAUCAUGUUUACUUCAGGCGAGAUAUUUCUUCGUGUACAGCGGAUCGUAUCCACCAAGGACGGUCUCUUCACCAAGCAACGCGCAUACAAGACCGGUGCAAUUCUCACGACGGCAUGUGCAAUAGUCGGUCUCGUACUAGUCUUCCUCGAUGGCCACUCACUUUGUGCCCUGUUCUACUGUGGGAACCCUGACUGGGGUGUAUUCGACACCGUUGUGUCCAUAUGCUGGUGUAUAUCGAUGUUCGUUUCCAUCGUCCUAUGCACGGGAAUAUCCUUUGGUAUGUGGAUGAACUACUAUCGUCUGCGGAAAACUAUGAGUCUUGGGCAGCCAAUAUCGCCCACGAAUACGGCAGGAGACAGACCUGAGCAUCCUGACGGUCGUCCAUCUUCUGAAGAACGCACCCAGGAGGACGAGACCCCACCGCCUGGCUACUAUCAGGACAAACCACCGACACUGGACAGCGCACCGGAUCACGAUUCCCAGUUGCAGGAGAUCACUGGCCCCGAUGGCAUCAGUACGAUCAAGAACGCGUUGAUCAGAAAUAACUCUCGCCAUGUGCCAUGUCGCACUCAUGUCUCUCCCAUCCCAUCGAAAGCACUGCCGAACGUCUGA